AUGGCAGUUCGAAACAAUACUUUAAUAAGAACACAUGAACGAAAUUCUUCUUAUCCAAUAUGUGAAAGUUUAUCAAUUAAUUUAAAUAAUCAAAUGGGAAUAUUUAAUGACAGACAAUGUUCAUCAACAAGAAUUCUUACAUCAUCACUUGAUCGAUAUUCAAAAACAAAUAUUGUAAAUUAUGAAAUAUUUGAUCGAUCAAUGCAACCAAAUUUAAAUGAUAAUUCAUCUUGGAUAGAACGAUGUAAACAAAGUCUUACAAAUAUACUUAAACAAAUUUCUAGACCGAUCAUAAAACAAGAUUCAAUGAUGGUCAUCAAUACAGGUCAUCAACAAUUAUCUACAUUUAAUUAUGAUCCUGAACUUGAUUUACGUGAAGAACAUUUAUUACUUGUAUCAAAACGUUUAUUAACAACAUUACGUGAAAGUAAAAUUAAACAUUUAUCAUGUGAUAAUUUAUUUCUUCCAUGUAAUCAUAUUCGAAAUAUUGCAAGACAAUGUUUAAUUAUGUCAGCUGAAGAACCAUUUGGUAUAAUGGGUGCACAAAUAAAAAUAAAAUUAACAUUAUUAUCACCUAAUAUGACAACAACAAUAACAAAAUAUUUACCAAUAAUACAAAUAAAUCCAAAACAAAAAACAACAUUUGAAAUUGAAAUUGAUUUACAUGAAGAUACUAAAGUAUUUACAUUAAGACAUUUUCUUCCACAAAUGAAAAUGUUUCAACAAAUUAAAGAACGUAGUCCAUUAUAUGUAAGUCCCCGGUGUUUACUGAUUAAAAAUGUCUUUUAUAAAACAGCUGAACCAAAACGAGCUUUUGU